CAUGGCGUCGUGGCGUGUGACGCGAAAGGGGGCGGGCCCACCAUACAGUGUUUUUAUUUCUUUCUUUGUUUCAUGUCCAGAAAAAAACAACAAUGGUGUAUAUUUGUAGAAAUGUUCAUAUCUGAUCGUACGCCUGACAUUUCAGUAAUAAUUAACGGAUUUGUAUCAGAACCGAAUCCACAGGAGGGAGGAUGAAGCGGCGCAAUGCGGACUGCAGCAAGCUCCGACGGCCGUUAAAACGGAACCGAAUCACCGAGGGUAUAUAUAGCAGUACGUUCCUGUAUCUGAAGUUUCUGGUGGUGUGGGUGCUGGUGCUGCUGGCAGACUUUGUGUUGGAGUUCAGGUUUGAGUACCUGUGGCCCUUCUGGCUCUUCAUACGCAGUGUCUAUGACUCCUUCAGAUACCAGGGGCUGGCGUUCUCAGUGUUCUUUGUGUGUGUGGCGUUUACAUCUGACAUCAUCUGCCUCCUCUUUAUCCCUGUCCAAUGGCUGUUCUUCGCUGCCAGCACCUACGUCUGGGUCCAGUACGUGUGGCACACAGAGAGAGGGGUGUGUCUACCCACCGUAUCGCUAUGGAUACUGUUUGUUUACAUGGAAGCUGCCAUCCGCUUCAAGGACCUGAAGAACUUCCAUGUGGACCUGUGUCGGCCCUUCGCUGCUCACUGUAUCGGCUACCCCGUGGUGACUCUGGGCUUUGGCUUUAAGAGUUACGUCAGCUAUAGGAUGAGACUGAGGAAACAGAAGGAGGUGCAGAAGGAGAAUGAGUUUUACAUGCAGCUCCUACAGCAAGCUCUGCCCCCAGAGCAACAGUUGCUACAGCGACAGGAGAGAGAGGCAGAGGAGGCAGCCAUGGCUAAAGGUGUGCCAUCAGAGAUGGACCUAGCCCCUCCGGUCUCCCAGAACGGGGCUACACCCGGCAAGAAGAACCCCGUUAACUCUUCUGUCCCCUUACCGGAACUGGAGUACCGGGAGAAAGGGAGAGACGGCAACAGCAAGGAGCGGGAGGGCAAACAACAACAACAACAACACACAAUAGGAAUCAACAACAACAGUAUCCUCCACACACUGGACUCCACAUUACAGGAGACAGAGUAUAUGGAGAGCAUGGGUGGGAAGAGACUGAACAACGACCUCGGAGGAGGAGAGAUCACACACACUCCCAAAGAGGAGGAGGUGCUGGGAGGAGGAGAGAGCACGGGUAACACACACACUCCUAAAGAGGAGGUGGGGGGAACAGGGGGAGGAGGGAAAAACUACAAAAACGCCAGAGGAGGAGGAGGCGGUGUGGCCACCAAUUCCUCACCUCGGAAUCACAGCUCCACCAAUGGGAGCGUGCCGUCGUCUGGCUCGUCCAAUAAGAACGAGAAGAAGCAGAAGUCGGCGGGGAAAGGUGCAGCCAAUCAGAAGGAUCCCGUGGAGAACUGCAUUCCCAACAAUCAACUGGGCAAGCCGGACGCUCUCGUGCGGUUGGAGCAGGAUGUGAAACGGCUGAAGGCAGACCUGCAGGCGAGCCGUCAGCUGGAGUCAGAUUUACGUUCUCACCUCUCCUCCCUGACCAGCCAGGACAGGAGUCUGCGCUCAGAGCUGGGCCAGCUGCGACAAGACAACGAGAUGCUGCAGAACAAGCUCUAUAGUGCUGUCCAGGCCAAGCAGAAGGACAAGCAGACUGUCUCCCAGCUAGAGAAGAGGCUGAAGGCAGAGCAGGAGGCGCGGGCGCUGGCGGAGAAACAGCUGGCUGACGAGAGGAAGAGGAAGAAAGUGGAGGAAGCCACCGCAGCCCGGGCUGUAGCACUGGCCGCAGCCUCCAGGGGUGAGUGUACUGACUCCCUGCGUGGUCGGAUCAGAGAGUUGGAAACGGAGUGUAAGAAACUCAGCAUCGACAUGAAACUCAAAGAAGAGCACAUUAGAGAGCUGGAGGGGAAAUGCCAGGAGCUGCGUAAGUACAAGGAGAAUGAGAAGGACAUGGAGGUGUUAAUGUCGGCGCUGUCGGCCAUGCAGGAUAAAACCCAGCACCUGGAGAACAGCCUGUCUGCUGAGACCAGGAUCAAACUAGACCUCUUCUCUGCCCUGGGGGACGCCAAAAGACAGCUGGAGAUCGCACAAGGUCAGAUCCACCAGAGAGACCAGGAGAUAGCAGAGUUGAAGCAGAAGAUAGCUGAGGUGAUGGCGGUGAUGCCCAGCAUCUCCUACAGCAACGACAGCAGCAGCCUCAGCCCCGUUACCCCACACUACUCCUCCAAGUUCAUGGACAAUAGUCCCUCUUCCCUGGAUCCCAACGCUUCUGUCUACCAGCCACUCAAAAAGUGACAAUAACACACACAUUAAUACACACUAACACACACACACACUUACAAGAAUACAGAUUUACAAAGACGGCAUACAUAGUCACAUCCACCCAUACAUACGUAGUCGCAUCCACCCAUACAUACGUAGUCACAUCCACUCAUACAUUCGUAGUCACAUCCACUCAUACAUUCGUAGUCACAUCCACUCAUACAUACGUAGUCACAUCCACUCAUACAUACGUAGUCGCAUCCACUCAUACAUACGUAGUCGCAUCCACCCAUACAUACGUAGUCGCAUCCACCCAUACAUACGUAGUCGCAUCCACCCAUACAUACAGACACAAACUCUUCUGGUCAUGUUUUGUGGAAGCGAUUGGAAAUGAUCUCGGCGCUGUCUAGGACGAGCUUCUCCAAAGUGUUUUGGUUGUGUUUUGGUUGUGUUUUGGUUGUGUUUUUGGAACCAGUUGCGGUCGGAGUCCCAGCCCCGUCGUUCUGUUGUUCUCAGUAUGUUCCCAUGGUGAUGCCUUAGUUUAUUUUUUAUUUUUUUUGGAACAGCUGGAGAGGUAAAACUACACGAGGGAAGGUGUUUAUGUUUUGUGUUUUGAACUGGUAAGAGUAAAGGGACAUCGGGUUGACUGUAUCCUGAAGGAGUGUUCUGAGGGGAGAGAGAUGCAGAUGAGGACUGACUGGUUAGUUGGUAUAAAUGUCUAGAAAGACUCAUCGUCUUGCUCUCUCUCUCUGUGCUUCAUGUUCUCUCUGUCAGCGCUUCAUGUUCUCUCUCUCUCUCUCUCUCUCUCUCUCUCUCAGUGCUUCAUGUUCUCUCUCUCUCUCUCUCUCUCUCUCUCUCUCUCUCUCUCUCAGUCAGUGCUUCAUGUUCGCCAUCUCCUUUUUCUUUCUGUCCAUUUUGUUCAGCAGGUUUUGUCCCAGCUUAAAGUUAGUCUUUGUAUGAUGGGACUAUUAUACUACUCUACAUUUUUGCUUUUAAAUGAGAGGAAGCUGAAACAUUUGAAGUGGUAUCUUCUGUGAGUUUGAUUAUGAAUGGAAAAGUACUUUGUUGAUGUUUUGGUAUUAUCGCCAUUUACUUAAAUAUGUGUUUUUUAUUUUUAUUUUUAAAGAACACAUUUCAAUUUAGUUAUGACCAUAACAAUGGUAAAGUAGAUUUCUCUGUACCAAUGGUCUUGGAAAGAUCACCAAUUUGUACAUCAACUCAAAUUCACUCUUUACUCCAAACAACAUCCGGGAUUUAUCAAUUAACUCCAACACUCCGGUCAAGAAAUACAUAUCUUUCAGAAUUGGAUUGUCAAUGGAGAUGACCUGGUACUGCCUAAAGGUUAAAUUAUGACCUGGUACUGCCUAAAGGUUAAGAUAUGACCUGGUACUGCCUAAAGGUUAAGAUAUGACCUGGUACUGCCUAAAGGUUAAGAUAUGACCUGGUACUGCCUAAAGGUUAAGAUAUGACCUCGUACUGCCUAAAGGUUAAGAUAUGACCUGGUACUGCCUAAAGGUUAAGAUAUGACCUGGUACUGCCUAAAGGUUAAGAUAUGACCUGGUACUGCCUAAAGGUUAAAUUAUGACCUCGUACUGCCUAAAGGUUAAGAUAUGACCUGGUACUGCCUAAAGGUUAAGAUAUGACCUGGUACUGCCUAAAGGUUAAAUUAUGACCUGGUACUGCCUAAAGGUUAAGAUAUGACCUGGUACUGCCUAAAGGUUAAAUUAUGACCUGGUACUGCCUAAAGGUUAAGAUAUGACCUGGUACUGCCUAAAGGUUAAGAUAUGACCUGGUACUGCCUAAAGGUUAAGAUAUGACCUGGUACUGCCUAAAGGUUAAGAUAUGACCUGGUACUGCCUAAAGGUUAAGAUAUGACCUGGUACUGCCUAAAGGUUAAAUUAUGACCUGGUACUGCCUAAAGGUUAAAUUAUGACCUGGUACUGCCUAAAGGUUAAGCAAUGUCAUAUGUUUGCUGCAAAUGCACUCAAACCUGUCUAUCCUUUUGGACCAAAUUAGAAUCUGUCGUUAGGCCAUAUUACUAAAAACCUACUGGAUUUAAUGAUGUCUAGGUAACUGAUGUUUACCAGUUGUAAAUUUCACUGUGCCUUGCAAAUUACUUUUUUUUUUAAGUAGUGAGUAUAAUGGGUUACUUCGCCAAUCUUGAUAUAGGACCCGGGGCGGUCUCAAUAAUGUAAGCUUGCUUCCUUUCAUUCUACCCUUUCCUUCGUGAUCUCUGAUCUGGCAGGUGGAAGCAACAUAUGGUGAAAGCCCUCUCACCUAUCAUGAAGGAAAGGAGAUGAAGUAAGGAAGCCAGUGUAGUGGAUUGAGAUGUCCCCCAUCUCGUACCAUCUCCCAUGCAGCCCCAGUCUCCUUUAUAUUAAGCCCCAUACUCUUAGACCCCGGUCAGUGUUGUCUUAUUAACAAGGAAAGGAAACAAAUUGAUUUGGUAUUAUGAAUGAACCUGGUCUGCCAAACAGCUAUUAAAUACAUCUAUCUGGUCAGGCCAAGGGGUCAGUAGAUCAAACUCCAGGCUCUUAUGUCCACUACUACGGUGGCCCAGAGUGGACAUCUAUUUGUUUACAACCAAGGUUGAGGUCAAUUCCAUUUCAAUUCAGGAAGUAAAAAAAUUGGAAUGUCAGUAAUCGUCAAUGCUUUUUAAUGAGGAAACAUUUGGAAUUUGGUUAACUUUUUAUUUUUUCUGAAUUGAAAUGGAAUUGAGCCCCAACCCUGUUUUACAGCCAUGUACAUUAUUACAUACCGAUGAAUGUUAUAGUUUCUUUCAGUUCAAAGUGCCACGUUUUGGUGUUUCUUAAUUGCAUCCCCUCUCCCAUUCAUUAGAUUGAUGUAUCUCUAGCUUGCUUUAGGUUUGGAUAAAAACCAUCAGAGCUACACGUUGUUGUUGUGUUCAUAUAUUUGACAUUAUUUGGUUCUGAUGUUUUGUUUUUAGGUCGAUCAGAGAGCAGGUACAGUAACGGCUAAAUUCACUCGCUGCUUUUGUUACUGAUUUGGUUGCAGCUGUUUUUUUUCUCCUCCUGCAUCAUGUUUUUAAUUCUCUCCUGCUAGCCUGAGUCCCAGAUCUGUUUUUCUGUUCGUCCCAACUCCUUAUGGAAUCGUCAUGCAAAACAAUUGGCUUGAAAGACUACAUUUUGAGUCGGCAAGAGCACAAACAUAUCAGGGACCAAGCUAAUCUCUUUCCAACUGGGGAUGAUGAUGAUGAUGAUAAUGAUGAAGAUAAUAGUGUGAAGUUUUGUUUUGGGAAGUUACACCCUGCCCACUGGGCACACGCUCGUUGAAUCGAUGUUGUUUCCAUGUCUUUUCAAUGACAUUACGUUGAGCCAACAUGAAAUAGGGGUUCAGUUGACAUCUGUGCAGUUUGACCAUAUGCUGUGUUUUUUGCUGUAGGGUGAAGUUGCCCCUAGAUGCUGAUUAUAGUUUUUUUUUGGGGGGGGGGGUCAGUUUUACAUUUCUCCACUAUUGUUAAAAUUAGGAUUAGGGGAGCGGAAUCUGAUUCUGGGUCGGUACCUAGAUGAAAUUUAACCCCUAAAAACGUUGUGUUUUCUACCUGGAAAGUAUUGGUGUGGAUCCACAGUAACGGACUUGUGACCUGUUGUAAAGAUGUUCUAUAUGUUUUAGUGGCAAAGAAUUUUUGUUUUGUUUUGUUGUUGUUCCACCAUGUUGUUUUUCUCUCGAUCUCAAAGUGAUGAUGAUGAUGAUGAUGUCGGCUGAGUCCAAACUUCUCUCACUUUGGGGCCAUCACCUGGAAUUAAAAAAAAAUGAGUCUUGCAGGCGAUGAUGACGAUGCAAGCUGUUUGAGAACAA